AUGUCCAAUAUAAAUACAAACUCGCAAUCAAACGCCACCUCAUCGAGCACUACCGCGACUGAAUCUUACACAACCAUAAGCAGUUACGUGAGUCCGAUUCAAAUAAGCAGCACAAUUGUGGAAUCUAACGCUGCCUCUUCGAAAACCUCAACGGCGAUUUCAGCAUCGACAAGAGAGCGUGAAGUUUCAAUAUUUUUUAGUGUGUUGUCAUCGUUGAUACCUGAAUCAUUAUUCGACUUAUGGUCAAAUUCCGGUAAAAAAGAUAACGCCGAAGAGUCAUGGGUACCGGCCGAUCCAAACGAGAUCGUGAAAUUCCCGGAAAGAAAACUUCCCAAUUAUGAUCGGAUAUUUCCAACCGAUAACGUAGAAUCAGCAUUCGAAGUGCGGCGAGGUCCCAUCAAUGGACAGAACGCAAUCGAGCAAAUGAAAUGCGAACGGUACGGCAGUUCGCGAGACACGUUGAGUGCACAGGAUGAUGUAUUAUGUCAUUUGCUGUUCGUAUUCAUUGACGGCACUGCUCACAAGAAUUAUUUGACGAUGUACAGAUCCGAGAACGCAGACGACGUGCUUGAAUUAUGUCAACGAUGCCGCGACUGCUGCAUUCUUUUUCGUUAUAUUGAUAAACAAAAAGAAGAUGCAGUCGAAUUCGUGCAUAAACUUUUGGACAGUUUUCGUCAACAUAUGUUAUGGCGAUCAGAACAUAUAGCCGCCUUAAUUGGUUUGAAUAAUAUUUUUUGUGAUGUUGAUGAAAAGACUCGUAAUAGGAUGCUCACAACGAAAUGUCAGCCAGAAGGAUUGUAUCCAUUGAUGAUUGCAAUACAAAACAAUCAAAUUGAUUUGAUAAGCACACUGAUCGGAAACGGUGCGAGCCUUUCAUUGUGUGAUAUAAACGGAAACAAUUGUGUACAUUUCGCUGCACAGUCUUCACAAGCUAUAUUACAGUUACUGUGGGAGAAGGCUCAUUCGAGUUUUGAGAGGUUAAUGAAUGUGGUCAACAACGAUGGCUACACACCGUUACUAUUGGCAAUAAAGAGUGGGAAUGCGAGAUGCGUGUCCACUUUGCUCGGUUACGCACCGUUAAUAGCACUGCUUGAACUGAAAGGCGCACAGUUGGAUCUGAACGCGCGGAAUAAUGCCGGACAAACACCGCUGCAUGUUUACGUGCAUAAGGAUGACAUUCAACUGGUGUUCGCCAUUGCCGCAUACGACGUGGAUUUGGAUCUGCUGGAUAACGAGGGACACAGCGCACUUGCAAUCGCUGUUUCGAGACUGAAUGUUGAAAUGGUGCGUGGUCUACUCGUCUUGGGGGCGAAUCCAAACGCUGGCAUCGGUGAGAAGCCGAGACAUAUUGCGGCUCGAUUCAGUCGAUCAAAUCGAGAAGCUUGUGAGAUUUUGAGAUCGUUGAUAAUGUGCGGCGCGAAGAGAUGUUCGUUAGAGAUGAGUGGGUGCACAGUGGCGUGCGCUGACUACAGUACGCUUUUAGCAGUUGAUGGCGAAAAAGCUGACUCGGCUGAACGCACACAUCUGACAGAUAUGAGAAGAGCUCGUAGUUUUGAUUCACCUCAAGAAGCCUCACCUGGCCCAAUUGUAUCACGCACAAAGGAUUCAGUUGAUUUAAAGGACAAGCAGUCAAUGAAUGCGUAUGGCUUCGAUUUGGAUCCGGACAUAAAUAGAAACCGCCGAAAACAAGUUUAUCGAAGAUUACCGCUGCUUUACUCACAAAACAGAUCACUUCAAAGGGUCUAUUCAUAUUUGCAUAACUUAAACAAGAAGAAAGAAAUCAAUAGAUUCAUGAUCAGUACACUGGCGUUGGAUGGAGGCGGCGUUCGAGGAUUAGCUACCAUUCAACUGUUACUUGCAUUACAAAAACGUUUGGAGGCACCACUGUUUAAUUAUUUCGAUUGGGUGGCCGGAACAAGUACCGGAAGUUUGAUCAGUGCUGCACUCGCUUCAGGAUACGAUUUGCGACAAUGUCUUCAACUCUAUCUACGAGUUAAGGACUGCGUUUUUAGUGGAUCGAGACCAUACGAUGCGAGUGUGUUUGAAAUGCUUCUGAAGAAAACCUUUGGUAAUGAUCAGACACUUGGUGAUCUCAAAUACCCAAAGUUGAUAAUUCCAACAGUAUGUGUGGAAACAUUCCCUGUACAACUGGAGUUGAUGCGCAACUACGAACUACCGCUUUCAGAAGAGGAAAACAAUGAUUUGGGAUAUGCGUGCCCAUCUGAUAUGAAAAUUUGGCGUGCCUUGCGUCGAUCGAGCGCGGCGCCAACCUAUUUCCCAUCGUCCGAGAACAAGUACGUUGACGGUGGUAUUGCGUCGAAUAAUCCAACGCUUGAGCUGCUCAGCGAAGUACAUUUUUGGAACAGUGUUCUUCAGUAUAAGAAAGAAGGCAAAAAGAAAUUACGAUUGGGAUGUGUGUUGAGUGUGGGCAGUGGUGUCAAUCCAGUGAAAGCGCUCGAUGCACAAAGUCUUGAAUUCGGCGGAAGUUUGGUCAGCUCUGUGAUGGCCAUCAAAAGUCUCGGCAUUGUUAUCAUUGAUCAAGCUACAUUAGCAGAAGGCGCGCCAGUGGUUCGAGCACGCUCGUGGUGUCACUCAAUUGACGUACCGUAUUUUCGCUUGAAUGCACCAUUGUCAGGUGAUAUUCCCUUGGACUGUACCGAUGACUCCAGCCUUUGUGGGAUGAUGUGGGACUGUGUUGAGUUUGCUUAUAAGAAUCGUGAUCGAUUCGACGAUAUCGCUAACCUGCUGAAGGCGAUUGGAGAGACGAGUAAACGUGCUGAAAUUCAUCAAGCUGUACCUAUCAAAAGAACUUAUAAAACAUUUACAUCUGCAUCAAAAGAAGAUUGA